GUUAUCAAGGAUCUGUCGUACUAAUUUUAUUUGUAAACAGCUACUGAGGAAGUUAUGAGUACAACGUUCAUCGACUGUUAAAUUGUGUCGUGAAUAAAUUCUAGUGAGACGACGAAGCCUCGCGCGCUUUAUGCGAUAUAAUCGUCACCUAUACCCUAAGUAUAUUAGAAUAAAAGUUCAAGAAUAAAAGCAAUUCACAUAAUUUUCGCCAUAUAAGCCAUAUCCAGGCUGCCUAGAAGCAAUGGAAGGUCGUAAAUUUUUCUAAGUCUUCUUUUGUGGAUAAAUACGGCAAGCUGGAAAAGUCUACAUAGUAAUAUACAUAUUUACAAGAUACUGUCACAAUGGCUUUAGUACUACAAUACAUCAGUGAUAUGAAUAGUUAUAUGGAUAAGUAUGGAGAUCCUCGGACAAAUCCAUGGUUCCUGAUGAGCUCACCACUUCCUACGUUAAUGAUAUGCCUAAGUUAUGUUUAUCUAGUCAAGGUUUUAGGGCCAAGGUAUAUGGAAAACAGAAAGCCUUUUGAAUUAACUAAUUUGUUAAUAGUAUACAAUUUUUUACAAGUAUUGUUCAGCUCAUGGCUGUUCUAUGAGAGCAUGAUGGGAGGCUGGCUGAAACAUUACAGCCUUCGAUGCCAGCCAGUGGACUACACUGACAAUCCUAUAGCUAAUAGAAUCGGUGGCGCAGGCUGGUUCACAGGCAGGUAUAACUUUCAAUGUCAGCCGGUCGACCACUCGAAACAUCCACAAACGAUGAGGAUGGUUCAUGCAUGUUGGUGGUAUUACUUUUCAAAGUUUACAGAGUUCUUUGAUACGAUCUUCUUUGUGCUAAGAAAGAAAUUCGAUCACGUAUCAACUCUCCACGUUAUCCACCACGGUGUUAUGCCCAUGUCCGUCUGGUUCGGAGUCAAAUUCACCCCUGGAGGCCAUUCAACAUUCUUCGGACUCUUGAACACGUUCGUGCACAUCAUUAUGUACACUUACUAUAUGGUAUCGGCGAUGGGACCUCGGUGGAAGCGGUUCCUGUGGUGGAAGAAAUACUUAACGACCCUACAAAUGGCUCAAUUCGUCGGCAUCAUGGUGCACGCGUUCCAGUUGCUCUUCAUCGAUUGCGACUACCCACGUGCCUUCGUCUGGUGGAUCGGGAUGCACGCUGUUAUGUUCUUCUUCCUCUUCAAAGACUUCUACAACCAGUCUUACACCAAACCGAAGGUCCGCGCCAGGUCUCCGGUGCCGGUGACGACGUCCCUGAGCGAGGACGUGACGUACAAAAACGGCUCCGUGAAGAACGGCUUCAGCAACGGACACACCAACGGCCUAGUGCGCGCCCGCACCGUCCUCCCCGCGGGCAACUGACCCGCGAGUCCGUUCCGGCAUUCCCUCGUCUGUGAUUUGUCCGAAGGCGUUCGGCUCCGCUCGUAACCCUCCGGCGACACGAGCGGACCGAGCGUCGACCGCCGAUCGGCGACGGACGGACCGGUGAGCUCCCCUCCCCCCCGCUCCACCGCUCCACCGCUCUCGUCGUCUCGGCCCGGGCUCGGUCCGUCCGUCGCCGAGCGUCGGGACUCGUAAAUGUGAUUAUCUAGUGUAAACGGGCGAUAUCGGCGGUGUACAUUUUAUUUUUAUGAUACAAACGAUAGCUAGACGUGUGAUCGCGUAGCGUUUUCUACUUUUACAAUCGUCGCUUUUAGUAUAGUUACCUCUGAUAUUGCAAUACUCGCCCGAGAAACGUCCGACUUCACAUUUCACCAAAAACGAUUGACCCACGAGAGUAAUUAAUUUCAUAAAGAUCUGUUCGCCAAUAGCCGCGUUCCUCCUUGACCGAGUUACGCUCCCCCCUCCUCCCCCUGUUACGUUUGAGCGAGCGACGGGAUUAUGAAACGAGUCAAGUGUUGCCAACUUUGAAUAACACGCAAUUAAAAUAUAGGAACUGUCAUUUCUACGUAUUUCACUUUACUUUUGAUAAUUAUUUAUAAAUUUUAAAUGAAUAUACGUAAAAUAUUAUUUAGACGUACUUUGGCGAAUGUUCGCAUUCGAUCACAUUCUCGCGUUUGAGAAAACUGUAAUUUCAAUUUCAGAGGUAUAUUUGUUUUUUAUAAAGAUUUUUAUAGAUAGUUGUUAUUGUAAAGUCUGAACAUAUGAUAAUUUGAUCAAAAGUGAACAAAUUAUUUACUGUUUAUAAUUUUUAUAUGAAAUUGCGAUAAUGCAAUGACGUGUAUCCGAUAAUAAUGUUAAAAUGCAAUAUCCUCGAUGAAGUCGUUAUGAAUUUAUAUAAUUUUUGUAAUCUACUAGUUAAAUUUUAUGAAUUUGAGCAUACGAAGCGUUCGGAUGCAGUCUUUACUAUUACUAAAUUAGUUUAAUGCUUAUACCUACUGUACUGACCGCGAGCUUAGUUUUGCAUUCUCAAAUUCACUGGACACGGUGAAAUGCAUAACUGGAGAAUAUCGAAAACUGGACUCGUACAACGAAAGUGACUUUAACGACUGCCGCUUAGCACAUACAGACAAACAGACUUUAUAUACGCACAUUAAAUGUCAAUUCAUUUCAGACGUGGGCGAUCAUUUUCACUUUUUUCAGUUGUUGGCUAUUUAUUUAUUGACCGACUUCAUAAACCCCGAAAGUGGUUUACGAUGAUAAUUUUUAUACCAAAUACGACGACUCGGGUGCCUGCAAACUUCGGUUACCAAAUGGUACAAAAUUAUUUAGUCAAAUUAGUUAACUCUGCAGUGAGAACAUAAGUUCGCAGGCGACUCGAGGCAUUUCAAUUGGACAGGCCGACUUCAGUCAGCUCGUUUCACCUUAGAACCGUUGAAUCAAUAUUGUAUAAUGUUUGUCUUCCGUUUUGUUUUGUACUUACCAGAUGUGAGGUGCUUUGAGACGGCAUCGCUUCAUAGUUAUGCUCGCCAUUUUGUAAAUAUAUUGUUUCAUUAGUUAUAAUAAAAACAUUGGUUUAUGUAAUUCUGCAAUUUUUUACAAAAAUGCAAAUAAACUAUAAGGGAAAUGUGUUA